AUGGCGGCGUUUAAAUUGUUCAUAUUUACUGUAUUUCUAUCCCUAAUCCUCAACCACAUCAGAGCUGAUGCUGAUGACCCAAUCUCUGUUGUUGACGAUGAUGUCCAAAUACUCAGAUCGGAUGGCUCUGAUUCUGUUUUGAUAGAACAACUCAAAUCGAAGAUCCAAACUCUUGACAUUGAAGUGAUAAAUAAGGAAAAGGAAGUAGUCGAAGACCGAGCAAAGGAAGCUGCAAAGAAGACGGUUGACUUAAAUGCUAAAGUUGAGAAUCUUCAAAAAGUCGUCGAUGAACAGAAAAAAAAGUUACGUAAAACUGAACGAGCUCUUCAAAUUGCCGAGGAGGAAUUAAUGAAGGCAAAGUCUGAAUAUACAUCCAAAACCAAGGAGUUAAUAGAGGUUCAUGGUGCAUGGCUUCCUCCUUGGCUUGCAGUUCAUUUUAUUCAUUACCAGUCACUCUUGGAGAAGAACUGGAACGUACAUGGAAGACCUGCCUUGGAGAUGGCAGUGCAAAAGGCAAUCGAGAAGAAGGUCCAAGUUGAAGAAUGGGCUGCACCACACGUUGAAAUCUUGAAAACUAAAUGGAUCCCAGCUAUAAAGGAACAAUGGAUAACAGCAAAAACUAAUGCUGAACCUCAUAUACAAAUGCUAACGACAAAAACUCUUGAGAUAUAUGAGGUAUCCAAGAACACCGUGACUCCGCAUAUCAUCCGAGUUCAGGAAAUUGCUGAUCCUUAUUAUCAAGAAUUAAGGAAAUUUAGCAAACCAUAUAUUGAUCAGGUUGCCACUGCAACAAGACCUCAUGUUGAUAAAAUCCGGACUACUUUAAAACCCUAUACAAAGGAGGCAGUUUAUGCUUACGGAAAGUUCCUUGAGUCUGCAACAGUUUACCACCAUCAGGUUCAAGAAACUGUGCACGAAAAACUGAAGAGUCAUGAGCUUACAAGACCUCUUGCAACAAGAGAGCUUGUUUGGUUUGUUGCUUCUGCUGCGCCUUCUGUAAAAAGGCGAAAAAGCCCAUUAGGAAUGGCAACUCUAACCAUUCACGUCGGAAGGGCAAACGUGGACAUCCAGACAAGUAAAAUUGGGAACUGUGUCCAAUACUACUAUUCAAGAUGGAUUUGGUCUUUUCCCACGGGUUUUUAG